CAGCGCCGCCGCGGGAGUCGCGCCUGCCGGGCCCAGGGAGGGGGUGCGGAGGCCGGCAGGCAGGGAGGUCGCUGGGCCGCGCUUGGCAUCCGUGUCUCCGGCCGGGCUGCGCCCCGCGCCGUUUCCGCCGCGAUGAAGCGCCCUUGCGAGGAGACGACCUCGGAGAGCGACCUGGACGAGACCAUCGACGUGGGAAGCGAGAACAAUUACUCGGGGCAAAGUUCUAGCUCUGUGAUUAGAUCGAAUUCUCCAACAACAACAUCUCAGAUUAUGGCAAGAAAGAAAAGGAGAGGGAUAAUAGAGAAAAGGCGUCGAGAUCGGAUAAAUAACAGCUUAUCCGAGUUGAGGCGACUGGUGCCAACUGCUUUUGAAAAACAAGGAUCUGCAAAGUUAGAAAAAGCUGAAAUAUUACAAAUGACAGUGGAUCAUUUGAAGAUGCUUCAGGCAACAGGGGGUAAAGGCUACUUCGAUGCCCAUGCGCUGGCCAUGGACUUCAUGAGCAUUGGAUUCCGAGAGUGCCUGACGGAGGUGGCCAGGUACCUGAGCUCCGUGGAAGGCCUGGACUCCGCGGACCCGCUGCGGGUGCGGCUGGUCUCCCACCUCAGCACGUGCGCCUCGCAGCGCGAGGCGGCGGCCAUGACCUCCUCCCUGGCCCACCACCACCACCACCACCCCCACCACCCGCUGCACCCGCACCACUGGGCGGCCGCCUUCCACCACCUGCCCGCCGCCCUGCUCCAACCCAACGGACUCCACGCGCCGGAGUCCACGCCCUGCCGCCUCUCCGCGGCCUCAGACGCGCCUCCGGCCCACGGCUCCGCGCUCCUCACCGCCACGUUUGCCCACGCGGAUUCUGCCCUUCGGAUGCCAUCGACGGGCAGCGUGGCCCCCUGCGUGCCGCCCCUCUCCACUUCGCUCCUGUCCCUCUCCGCCACCGUCCACGCGGCCGCCGCGGCCGCCACCGCCGCGGCGCACAGCUUCCCCCUGUCCUUCGCGGGGGCCUUCCCCGUGCUCCCCCCGAACGCCGCCGCCGCCGCCGCCGCCGUGGCGGCCGCCACCGCCAUCAGCCCGCCCCUGUCGGUGUCCGCCACGUCCAGUCCGCAGCAGACGGGCAGCGGGACAAACAGUAAACCUUACCGGCCCUGGGGGACAGAAGUGGGCGCCUUUUAGGUUGUCUCGGGACUUCCUGCGAUGGGAACGGAACGCCCUGCAUCUCAGCGGCUGCGCCCCGACGGUGGCCCCCACACAGCUGUCCACAGAUGCACCCAGGAACAAUGAAGCUGUUGGAGACGCACACACCUCCCAGGGGGCAAUGCGACAUCCUCCGUUUGCUUUCUUUCUUGUGGUCGUCUAAGGCAGCUUUUGAGAACUUCACACUUGCCUUCCACGUAGAAUGUUCCCGGAAAGGGAAAAGACUGUACCCUCCAGCCUUGCAUCGGUGUCUCUAAGUUGGAGAAGAAAGAGGCCCUGACUGAAUUCUCUUGAAACUAGAUGGGGAGGAAAAAAAAAAAAUAGCCGUGUUUCACAAGUGCCUGAGCUAGUGAAGUUUUGUUCUGAGCGCGGAACGUUGCACGAGGGACGGGGGUGGAAGUGAGGUUAAGAAGGGAAAGGACAGCAGCCUUGCCUUAGGCUGCAGACGUACAACGCCAGAGAAGAGUACCCUGUUGAAAGCAACAGGUUUUUAUCGGCCAAAAGGACUGCUGGAAAUGAUUUUCAAGUUGAAAGACCUAGUUUUAUCUUUAGUUUGCUUUCUCUGUACAGACUUGCCAAGUGGUGACGUUCGGCAAUACACUGGUAUGAGCAGUUACUCCAUCAGUGCUCAGGUUAGCAAGCAUUCUGCCUUGUCUGCAAACCCCCAGGCACCUGUUUCUUUCAUGGCUCAGAAUAUGGUGCUUCUUGUAGAAACCAUGCGUUUAUGGAGUACACCCAGGAGCAGUUACCUACUGUGUGCCCGCCAGAGGCUGAGUUGAUUCAUGCCAACUUGAAAACUCCAAGUUUGUAAAAGUUUUAGCAUAAUUUAUUCCGUUUCAUUUGGACUAUUUUCUCAUAUGUAUCCUCUUCAUUUUGUCCUGAUGACGUGUACUGUCCUUGUCAUCCUUUUGGGAGAAGUAGCAUUUCUGGAGGGGAUGAGACAGGGAGAUAGAUAGAUAGCAUUUGGAACAGAAAAGCCACGAUUUUUAAAUGCUCGUUGUCAAGCUCAAGAUGGCGUUUGACCCCAAAUCAAGAUGAAUGUAUGCAGUGGGAUGUACAUAAAUUAGUUUGUCCAUGCCUAGACUAGUGCUGCAUAAUGGUGUUUUGGUUUCGUUUUGUUUAAUGACAAAAUAAUCUUUUACUACAUUGAAAUUGAGCACAUGAGAUUUUAUGUUUGAAAGAUAAAGACACAGCAUGUAUUAUUAUGCACUUCAUUUCUCUGCUGUGUGGAGAAAGCAAUAAAGAAGAAUGUUAAACAUUAUGCAAAAUUAUACUUUUAAAUAUUUGUUUUAAAAUUACUGUACCUAGUCUUUUUUGCAUUACUUUGUAACCUUUUUCUAUGCAAAAGUCUACAUAUCACUAAUUAAAUGAAGUCCUUUUUGACUGUUUUCAUGUGGAUGAGUUGCUUUGCAGAAUGU